UGUCGCGCGCGUGGGGCCGGAGGCAAAGGUCAGGGCAGGGGAUGGCAAUGGCGGCGCUCUUCAUCACGGGGGACGGGCGGGCCGAUAAAAGCGCCUCCUUGAGGGCCGCGGAGGCGAGAUGGUGAGCGGAGCCCGGCGCUGCGGCUGAGAGCCACCCUCCCUCCUCAGAACCCGGCUCCCGUCGCGCCUUCCCCGAUGAGCUCGGCGUACGCGCUGCUGUGGCGGCUGCUCCACCUCCUCCUCGCCCUCCAGCGCGCCCUCCUCGCCUGGGCCCGCGGCGCCUGGCAGCUCGGCGGCAGUUGGAGGUGGCGCGCGCGGGCCCCGUUGCCCCUGGCAACGACGGCGCUAGCGUCAGGCGCGGGCCCCUUCGCCUUCCACAAGCCCUGCGCGGCCGGGAGGAGGGUAGCCCCGGGGGCAGGAGGAGCAGCGGGGUCCCCUCCUGGGCGCUGGCGGAGGGACGCCAAGGCUCUGCAGAAGCUGCCGGGCCACGUGGGGCUGGUGGUGGCCGAGGAGGAGCAGAGCUACGCGGACGUGGCCAGCCUGGUGGUGUGGUGCAUGGCGGUGGGCAUCUCCUACGUCAGCGUCUACGACCACCAAGGUAUUUUCAAAAGAAAUAAUUCAAGGCUGAUGGAAGAAAUCCUAAAACAGCAGCAGGAAUUAUUAAACUUUGACUGUUCCAAAUAUACAAUGAAAUUUGCAAAUCAAGACAAAACAGAUCAAGUUUUAAAUUGCCAAUCUACAUUGAACGUACUGUCUUCAGAGGAUGGGAAAAUGGACAUAGUAAGAGCAGCUCAGAAAUUUUGCCACUUAGUAGCACAAAAGCAAAAAAAAUGCACAGAUAUGGAUAUGAAUGUCUUGGAAAACUUAUUAAGUACAAUCUGUAUUCCAAGCUCAGCUUCCUAUGCACCUUUAGCUCUCCCUCCCAUGGAUACCAAAAUUUGUACUAAUGGCUUUCCUGACCCAGACUUGAUAUUAAAGUUUGGGCCUGUGGACAGUGUAUUGGGAUUUCUUCCCUGGCAGAUCAGAUUGACGGAGAUUGUUUCUUUGCCUUCACAUGUGAACGUCAGCUAUGAAGAAUUCUUUUCUGCCCUCUGUCACUACGCAAACUGUGAUCAGCGUGUGGGAAAAUGACUUCUUGCGGAAUUUUAUCAAUAUUUCCAUGGAAAAGACCUAGUGUCUCUGUUUACAAGUACCUGUGAUACAUACAAGUCCAGAACAUAGUCUCUUAAUUUAUCAAAUUCAAUAAAGUGUCUUACCUUUUUAGAAUUUGUAUGUGUGUGUACUCAUAGUCUGGAGGUGUGGGAAAGCAAUGGUUUACUACUGUGGCAUAUGGCAUACCAUAAAUGUUGUAAGACAUCUGUUUAUAGGCUUCAAGGCUUUUAUUUCUUCCAGUGACCAAAUCCUUGAUAUAAGGAAUAUUUCCAAGUAUAAGUGAACCAAUCAAAUUUAGCUCUACAAUCAACAGGGGUAACAUCAGACUCUAUAAAUGCCACCUCAGAAUCUUCUGUCACAUCUUUAUAAUCUCCAUCUCCUUUUGUUCUUCUGUUGUUCAGUUUCUAGGAGCAUACUGGUUUAGUUAUGCUCUACUGCUUCAAGAAAUGCAUGUCAGGUUUUUGGGGUGUAGCUUAAAAUGGAAGUAAUGUUGCAUCUUGAAACGAAUAUAUGUGUAAAGCUCAAUUGAGCCAUUUCUGGAAUGUGGAAGUGCUUUUUAAAUUACAGGUCAAAUGUAUUAUGAAUUAAGUACCAGUAGCUGUAAAUUUUACAGCUACAGUCCUCACCUCUUUUCUUUUGGAGAGGUGUAGGUUUAAUUGGCAGUUGGUGAAUUGUGUAAAAACUUCAGUAGAAGUGGGUGGAUGUUGGAUUCAAUCAUCAUAAUGUAAUGGGUUCUAUAAGUUAAACUUCUCCCAAUGUAACAUGAACUGUAAUGCAUAUCUAUAUUGUAGUAUUUGUUUUAGAAUCAUAUAUAACCAUCUCAGAUUGUCAGGUAAGUAAGACAUAAAACAUGUAUUUUCCUUUUUUCAAAAAAGAGCUUGUUUCCAUUUUCACAAUUGAAAAUCCAUCAUGCUGUUUUCAUUUUAAACACAAGUAAAUUUGUAAUUCUUUCUCCUUGAGGAAAUUGGUACAAGUAUGUUUUGUUUAUGUUUGAUGGCAUACAACAGCAAAGGGAGCUACAGUAUUAAGUAUGCACUGAGACUUUUCCCAUUUUGAAAUCCUCAACUGUAUAAUAUGACAUGACUGGCUGCAUAAAUGAUUGUGUCAGUUAAUUGUAUGACAGUGCAAUAAUACCACCCAAGUAUAAAACAAGCAUAUAGAAAAAUAAAAUUCAUGCACUGUUGUUUUUCUGUUUGUUUUUUUAAAAAAACUUGCUGCAGCUCUUUUUUUAAAGGGCUGUUUAAUGUAUGUGGUAUAUUACCUUUCUUUAGAAAAUCUGUCCUAAUUUUAUGUUCCUAGACUUUGAUUGGCAAGUUUUCUAAACAUGUAUUUCUUCUCUGUUCCUUUUCAAAAGGAUGUUUUCUUAAGGAUAGCUAAGCUAGUUUAUUGUUGUUGCAAGUUUUUUUGGUUUAAAAGGGAACUGAAACUUAAAUAUAUUUUGUAAAUGGCUUUUUAUAAAUGCCAGAAAUUAGUGGAGUAAAUAUGGUGUAUUAUACUAUUGCUAAACAGUAUUUUUCCCUUUUUUAAAUAUCAAAUUUGAAAUGGAUUCAGAAAGCCUGUAACAAGAAUGUGAACUGAUUUGAUGUUGCUUGUUGUACUGUAAGCUGAUGAUGUAAAGAGGCAUCACAAUGAUCAUUUAUUAAUUGGAAUGCCAGAUGCUUUCUUCUUCUUGGGUUGUAGCUCUCCAGUUUCUACUGUGGAGUUCAGGAACAUAUGCAGUCUGUUUCGGGAAUACCUGUUACUAGCAUAUAUUCCCAAGAAUUCAUUUAAAACAUUUUACAGAAAUAGGUUUUGGAGUAUAUCCUGAAAGAGAGAUGCUAUGUAUUAAGCAUGAUAGUGAAAGUAUCUCAAAAGAAUGGUAAUACAAACUCCAGAACUAUUAGCUUACCAUAGCAAUUCUGGUAUCACAGAUGGUGAGAAUUAUUCUAGGAAGAGGUGAAAGAUUCUGUUAUCUUUUUCUACUUGCAAAUUCUUUUCUCUGCUUACACUGGUCUGCUGCAAAUUGCCAAAGAAUAUUUACAAUCCAAUCCAAUAUUUGCUCCCCUGUUGUGAUAUACCUUGAUGAAAAACCACUUUCUGUACUAGGCUCAGAACUUAACAUGGAAUUAGCUGUGCCAAAAACACUGUGCAUAUCCACAAUUAUUCUUUGAAUGUAUGUCAUUGCAGUAAGUUCCCCCCCCCCUCCCUGUCUUGUCUUGUGAGAAGGUAUAGUCUGCAGCAGCGAUAUUGUGUAUAUCUUUGGAUACCUGUAAAUAAUAUGUAAAGCAAGUUUUUAUGAUAAAUAAAUUGACUUCCUGGAUUUCAAUACUGAGAGUAAAAUCUGAACCUGUAAAACAAAUAAAUAUAUCUUUCUACAGGCA